GUGUUUUCUACACAGAGUCUUAAAAGCGAAAUGAAACAAACGCUCUCAAGCAGCGGCAUUUACUCACAGCAAAGCGGCACUUCCGCCGUAACCUCCUACCGACCAUCCUGCUGAUCCAAAAAUACAUUCAGAUUUUUUAACGGAUGCUUUGAAAAAUCUAGAGUUGGGAUUACGAAAUCCGCAUCGGAGCUAACCGGUUCGACGGUCUUUCAGAAACAAUACACGACUGUUAGCCGAUGCAAGCAAUAUUUUCUCGGCGAUCGCGCCGCACUCCUGCUGCUGGCAACACUGCAAACACGUGCUCCAGGAUGUUGAAAUCGCUGUUUCCUUGGAAACACAACAACAAAACAAAACAAGUGAUGGCCGCACAACCUCCGAUGGACUCAGAAGUGAUUAUUCAAGAACAGAAUCUUCUCCCUUGCCAUGUGUGCGGCCGAACUUUUCUGCCCAAUCCCCUCAAAAAACACGAGAAAAUCUGCGAGAAGCAAGCCACAAAACGACGUAAACCGUUCGAUUCGUUGAAGCAACGGGUAGGUAAUUUGGAGGUGGCCGGCACCGAUUUGGCCGAUUUUCAUCGGAAAACUUACCUCAGAAGGAGAGAAGAGCCCGUUUUGGACCGAAAACCCAGGCAGAGCAAGUGGAAGGAAAAACAUUUGGAACUGGUCACUGCUAUUCGAGCAGCUAAAGGGGUGCAUCCAGAGGGAUUUUCUACAUCUCCCACUUUGAAACCGAAAAGCACCACUUCUUUGAUAACCUCCAGUAGUCAGAAUGAACGUUGUCCUUCCUGCGAGAGACAUUUUGGCCCGAAGGCGUUCGACCGACAUGUGGAAUGGUGCAAGGAAAAAAAAUCGCGAAUUCAUCAAGCCCCCAUCAACAUUCAACAGGCUAAGGAGCGGUUGGAAGCUCGAACUAAGUAUCGUGUUCCUCCCUUGUUCAAGUCGAAGAGGAGUUUGGUCAAAGAAAAGUACUCGGGUCCGCAGAGCCCUGAGCCAGUGUUGUCAAAAAGCACCCAAUCGACUACUACUUUAGCAAGUUCGCUGUCGAGAGGCCCCAGCAUUAAGAAACCCAAAAGUCUUGUGGAUGUCGAAAAACUCAAGGAGGAAGGCAAGGGAAGACUCGUAAAAGUCGAAACUGAAAGAAGCAUUGCCGAUCGCUCGAAGCGCGCUUCGGAGAAUAAUCGCAGCCCUUCGCGCUCGUUUGGAACUCCUGUUAUUAGAAGCUCUUUAACCAAAGCUGAGUCCUUUAAAAGUGCGCAAAACAAACGAAACCCGAUUCCCUCCAAAAAACUGAACUCCAUCCAUGUAAAUGAUCAAAUCCAUGCAAUCACUGUUUCGGCCAUGAACCAAAUUCACGUCAACAAGCGCAUGGUGACUUGGAAGGAUACAAUCAAAGUGAACGAGCAACGUGACAAGAAAAAUGUCUGUAAACUAUCAGGUGAAUGUAAAAUUGCUGCUUCGUCGGAACACAGUCAAGGUACGCAAAUGGACGAAGAGAAAGAAAGCAAAGAGGCACUAAUUUCGGCCAGGAGUUAUCCCUUAAUGCAAAGCAAGCCGAGUUUUGGGAAGUAUGCGGCAAGUCUGGCAGUAAAAGGCUUGGACUCAAAAAUCAACGUGCUUAAAACUCCUGUCCGAAUUGCACAUGUCUUGAACCAAUUCAAGAAAUCAGCAAGUGAACCCCUGCUAGAAUCUGACUAUUUACCUCCUCACGUGUCACACGCUGUUGAUCAGCCAGCGGAAGUCGAGUACCAUCAAAUCAACAAUUCCUUAUUUAACACCCAGUUGAAAAGGGUAUCUGAGCUUGACGACUCGAUGGAGGAGAGUCCCAUUGAAAAGACUAAUGAGUGUGCUUCUCAUGAUGAAGCCAAUAUGAACCAGUCGUUUGAAGCAAGCCUUGAAUCAAGUGAUUGCGGUUGCUCAGCUAGCGACGGUCUGGAUCUGGAUCGAGAGCAGGCGAAUUUAGAUCAGCUCAGCUCUCAUAAAAGUGCGGGCUGCGAAGAAGCCGCUUUGAACAGUUCUGACCACUCAAAUUGUACAAAUAAUGUUGUUUGUCUGUUCCACUCAGGAACACACUUGGACCUUACCAGAGAUACUAAUUUGAAUACUCAGUCGUGCAACUUUCUAAAGGCUUGCAAAGCGGCGCCGGACUCAGUUGAACCAGAUCUACCAGAAGUUAACCUGCAGAUCAAUAGCCAGAAAGAGGAUUUAAUAAUACCGCUUUUUCUGCCGCAAAAGUUUGUUUACGAGUCCGAAAGUAAGGACUUUCGUAAAACUUGCCAGGAUAUAAGAAGCAUAUCUUCCACGCCGGUGCUCCAAAGUUCGGACUUCAGUCCAACGUCAGAGGUAGCAGAAACCCCAAGUCGCCCUUUCACCUUUACUUUGGACAAAAGCAGUCAUACUAAAAAGGAAGUGGACUGGACAACGAUUGCCAGCAAAGAAAGACUGACUAUUUUGCGUGUGGCCGCCGAAAAUUUUAUUGCAAACACGAAAGUCCACGCCAUCAAAAAUUGCGUUUUAGAUGAGGAUUAUUCGGUGCCCAAGAAGAAACGUCGGGUCUGUUUGGACGACAGUUUGAUGUCUCUGACCGAACCGCAACCAGUUACCGAAUUACCUGAAGCCAGAAGUACUGAGCACGCUCGAAUACCUUCGAGCUCAGCCAAUUCGAUUAUAUCAGAUGUUUCACCAAGAACACUGAAUUUGGUCGAGAAAAUCGUUCAGAUGAAAAAGCUUCGCACUGAAGAAAGCAAUGUGCUGUUGGGAAUCAGCAUUUCAGAGUGCGACCGCUUACUAGACCUGGAUAAACAUUUCGUGGCGAAAGUGGAAAAGAGCUUGUCUAAGAAGGGAAACGUAAAGUUGCCCCUGAUUGUUGCCGACUGCAACAGAUUCCCAAAAAUCAACUGGAAGACGCACGGAAAUAAUUGCAAAGAUGUAAAGGUGUCACUGCCCAAAAUUGUAGAGCGAACGUCGGGCAGUCGAAUGAAAAACGCGCGGAAAAGUACCGAUACUGUUGCAAGAGGGGCUGCUGGUCAAGAAAGCGAAAAGUCCUUUGUCUUAGACCCCAAAACCUCCAAGCAGAAUAAGAAAAAAGGAUUGCCUCUUUUGAAAAGUUCCAUCACGCUGUUUGGUUCCUCUCCCAAGCCCUCGUUUAAGACCAAGAAAGACGUCAAUGAUUUUUUCAAUUGCAAGGACCAGAAGUCUGUUACAUCCAGUAUGACCACCAGUUUGACUACAAGUGAAGAAUCUCCUAUGAAAGAUGCCCUCAAAGCCGAAGACUUGUUUGCAGUCGAUGAUGAAAUGUAUGAAGAAUAUAAGAAAUACGAGGAAAUGUACUUGAAGGAGAAGGAGCAAAGUUCGAAUAGCAACAAGAAGACUAAAGUAAAAAACAUCGACCUCAAUUAUGGACUGCUUACUAAUAGCGAGGAAGAAGAUCAUUCCCACAACAAAUUGUCAAAUGAUUCAGCUUAUGGCAGUCUUCGCAAAACUUCGAAACACCGUAGCAGAGCCCCCAAACUCACACCUCUAGAGCCAAAGAACGUAGACACGUCCAGUUCAAGUGGUUCUGAGAAUGGGAUUCUUUCUCCUGCACCUCAAGGGGGCAGCAAGACAUCGAAGUUCUGCCACGAGUGCGGGACAAAAUUCCCGGUAUCAACUGCAAAAUUUUGCGUGGAAUGCGGUGUUAAAAGGCUGGUUCUGUGAUACUACUAAGGUUUUUUGUGCAUGCUAAAAUCACUAGAAGUCCUGAGGUUUGGUGAAACAAUUGCACAUUGAUGAUAAUACAGCAACUGUAUAAUUUUACUGUUUUUACGUUUUCAAUGAUUUACUAACUUUUACUAAACAUUUUUUUAGAAACACUAAAUCUCUUUACGAAAUGGCAAAUGUUAAAAUUUGUAAAUUUCGUCUAUACUUUUAAUAUAUCUGAAAUAUACCUUUUUACCAAAGUUUACAUACUACUUAUGAGUUAUAAGUGCAUAGAGGUGCAAUUUUAGACUAAUGCGAUAUGUUAUGUGACAAGGAUAUUUAAAAUUGUGAAAAAAAAUGUCCAUUCGUAUACAUACAGGUACUCAUCGAUUUAAUUGCCAGUUUGAUAUAUUUAAGUUGUUUUUUGUUCUGAAUGAAGGAUGUUCGUUCUAAUAACCAUUCCAUUUUUAUUUAUUAAUCAAGACUGUUUAUUUUAUUAACCGUAGUUCUUUUAACUUUUAAAAUGCUACACAAAGCUAAAACUUAGAAGUCGAUUAAAAACCGAUUUUCCUA